UCCUUACAGGUCACUCCCACGCUAACCUGGCUCCGGCCAUUCCAUCCAGACAUGAAUCCUUCGGAGCGAUAUCUGACAAGAACUGGAUUCAUUGAAGGUUUUUCUAGUCCAGCCCGUCUUCGUCAUAUAUCCUGCUAAUCUUUAUGGACCCAGUCGAGUUUCCCACGUUCGGGGUGACACAUCCAGUCGACUCUGGCGUUCAAGAUUUUGGAACCACUUCGUUCCUGCUCGCUGAACUAGAGAACGAGGAGACGCCUCAUGAUGUGGCAUCUGAGCUCGAGUCGGAGCCUGACGAUGAUCUGCACAUUUGCGGCCAUUGCCGAGCGCAAUUUCGGCAGGUGGAUACCUUCCUGGCCCACAAGAAAUCGCGGGUGUGUCGGCCUUCUCGUGCUGAUAGGGAGCGACGAGCUGAGGAAGAGGCUGUCAUUUCCUUGUUGGCCAACCAAUUGAAGCCUGCUCUGAGUACGGCUGUCGUACAAAGCGUUCCGGCCGUAACGCCCGUAACAUCCGUAACGCCCGUAUCCCCGCCCAAGCACUCACUCCCUCAAAACUUUUUGGCCGAUGAAUCUGAAGAUCCUUAUGAGAUUGACACCCCUCCGGAUGAGGUUCACGUUGUGUCGCACACCGACUCCGAACUCCCUCCAGCAUCCGGAGAAACGCCCAAGAAAGCUGUUCGACGUCCCAGAGGAUCAGGUCCGGCUACCCAUGUCUGUGAGGUAGAAGGUUGCCACUAUGUGGCUAGUUAUCGCAAAGAUAUGCUGAGGCACAUGAGGAAACACUCAGGCGAGAAACCUUUCAAGUGUUCAAUGUGCCCAAAGUCUUUCUCUCGCAAAGAUCACCUUCAAGGCCAUGAACGUACUCACAACGGCGUCAAACCGUUUAAAUGUCACCUUUGCUCAUAUGCUACUGCCAUCUCGUGGUCUUUGACUAGUCACAUGCGGAUUCACACUGACGAACGACCAUUCGAAUGUCAGUUGUGUCCCUACAAAGCAAGGGAAUCCACUCAACUUCGUAUUCAUCUGAGAUCCCACACUGGCGACUGCCCUUUCAUUUGUACCUUCGAAGAUUGUUCUUCCUCGUUUAAAACGUCCUCUGACCUCAAAAGGCAUCAACGCGUGCACACUGGAGAAAAGCCGUUCAAAUGCGGAUUAUGCGGUUAUUCUUGCUCUAUCAAGUCCAAUUUGACUUCUCAUCUUCAAACGAUGCACAAAGGAGAAGAAGUGAUCAGAUGUAAAAUUGUGGAAUGUGAUUUUAGAUCAAGCAAUAAACUGGAGAUGAAGCACCACGAAAAGAGGAUACAUUCAGGUCAUUUGUUUCAUUGUCCCUCGUGCGAUUUUAAUGCCACCACGGAAAUUGGAUUGUCAGCACACACAAGGAAAAUGCAUGCAUCACCUAGUAACCGAUUUCGGUGCAAGUAUUGCGAGUUUUCGUGUAAGUGGGAAGGGGGAUUGUCCAGCCAUGUGAACAAGAAACAUGGGAAUCAACCCACCAAACGAGCCUAUGAGGCCAAACUGGAAGCUAUGAAGAGAUCACGCUCAAUUACGUCGACAAUUGCUGGGGUAGUUGACCAGUUAACUUCCCAGUCUGUUGACUCCAAUCAAGGGCCCACUUCUAACGGCAAACAAAGAAAGAAAGUCUGGCUGUCAAAGACCCACUGUGCUCCAAAUUUUAGCUGCAGCCACUGUGAUGCUUGUUUUGUUCGCCUCGAUUCGCUUCAAUGCCACAUACGUCAACACGACAACAAGAAGAGCGAAGAAGAAGGGAAACGGAAAGAAAACGAAGGCGCUAUCCCAGUCCAAGUUCAUCCCGAUGGUGAACUGUCCAAGGAGUCGCCCGACAAUCAUCCGUUUCAGAUGCCUGUUGUGACCCUCCCAGGUGAGACCUUUCUUCCCAGCAUCUCCCUGUCUCCUCCCAAAGCAUUAAGUGACUCAACCCAUGUAUCUCAUUACCCCAUGGAUCACUCAUCUAAUCAAGAAGUGAUUCAAACUGUCUUUGCCCACAAUUCUCAGUUGCCAAUAACCACCACACUGAAUGGCAACACUACUUUUUCGGUCAUGCCUAACUCAGGCUUAUCCACGACCCCGAUCCUCAUGGAUUCGUCGCAGAUUCAUUACAUUUUGAGCGCUCCUCCCGUGGGAAGCGAAUCUCAAGUGAUCACUGUUGGGCCCCCAGGGUCCUUAGAGUCACAAAUGGUGACUUUGGCACAACUGAACACUCAUCCCAGUGUGUUAUUGUCUGGUAGUGAAAGCAGUCAGGGAAUGGAUCCACGAUAGACAAUCAAAAGCUCACUUAUGUGGCGUUUAUUCCCAAUUCUUCGUUCUUUCUAUGGCAAAAUCAAGUCUUUAUUUUAGAGCACGGAUUGAAAUACAUAAAUAUCACAAUGAG